AUGAGGCUUAGAGCAGUCAUGAGGAAGUCACUAAAUCGAUGUACGCCAUCCGAUCUGGGAGCCAUGCUUCUUCUUGGCUUUCUCCUCUUGCUUCAGCUGGAUCCUAUGAGGGCCAAGACUGAGCCUCAAACUAAUGAGAAGCCAAACAUUCGGUGCUCUGAAGAAAACCCACCUUUGUCUACACAUGGAGCUGCCAACUGCUUUGUUUUGUGUAACCAAAGUUCUCUGGAGUGUAAUUCCAAGGUGAUUGAGAGCUUCUGGAUCAAGAAGGAAGAAGAAUUGGCUGAAAAUGAAACAUCACAACUUUCUCUGUAUGAGCCCAAGGUGAAGGCAACCGUCCACAUUGUCUCUGCCAGUGUUUCUCAGGACGUCUCCUUCUCCUUUUCACCAUCUCAGAUGACAGUGCUACCAGCAGGGAAUGAGACGGAGGCACCUGAUAGAGUCCGGCUCCCAAGAAGCCUAUUUGAAAGACUGAGGCCAAAAAUGAGCUCUGUCCGAGUUGUCUUGAUGGUCAUCAACAUUGGAAAGGGGGACAUAUUCAAGGGCCAGCAGCUCAGCAGCACUGUGCUAGAUAAACGUAUAGUAGGCAUUCGGGUUGGAAAAGAGCCCAUCAGAGAUCUGGAAGAACUCGUGGAGAUCACCUUCUCCCAUAAGCCGGAGCUCCAGAAACUCCAAUGCGUUUUCUGGGAUGACAAUAAAGGUGGAGACUGGAAAUCCACAGGUUGUUACACAGAGCAAAAGUUCAACCAGACCAUCUGCCGCUGUGACCACCUGAGCUUCUUUGCCCUGUUGCUGAAGCCCAUUGAUGCCUCCACAGCGAAGACUCUGAACCAAAUCUCUCUUGCUGGGUGUAGCACCUCCCUGUGCUUCCUAAUCCUCACCAUAAUCCUCUAUUUUGCCCUGAGGUUCACAAGGCAGAAAUUCAAGUCAGAAGAUGCUCCCAAAAUCCAUGUGGCCCUCAGCAUCAGCUUGGCCCUUCUGAAUCUCACCUUCAUCAUCAACCAGUCCUCAAAGCAAGGAACCUCCUGCCCUGCACAGGGAGGUAUUUUCCAUUUCUUCCUGCUCUGUUGUUUCACCUGGAUGGGCAUCGAGGCCUUUCACCUGUACCUGCUGGCAAUCAAGAUUUUCAACAUAUACAUAAGACACUACUUCCUAAAGCUGUGCCUGGUGGGCUGGGGAUUUCCCAUCUUAGUGGUCCUCAUCACAGGAAGCACUGGCAGCUACGGGCAAUACACCAUUGAUGAAAAGGCUAAUGGUACCCACGAGAAACUGUGCUGGAUAAAGAACAGAACCGCCCUGUACAUCACAGUCCAUGCCUACUUUGUUGUCAUCUUCCUCUUUGGUGCUGUGGUCUUGAGCUUGGUAGCCUGGAAGAUUUUCCACCUCCGAGGCUCCAGGGCAGGCAAGGAACAGAACCAGACAUGGAAGGGCAUUCUCACAGUGCUUGGCCUCUCUUGCUUGGUGGGGGGAACAUGGGGGCUGUUCCUCCUCACCCAGAUUGGUCUGACCACUGUCUACAUCUUCACUCUACUCAACUCUCUCCAAGGUAAGAAAAUUCUCUCAAUUUAA